AUGAACGAGGCUGAACAGAGAGUCACCCUUGGGAGAAAGCGGCAAUUCGGCGAUAUCUUCGGUCCACGCGGCGCAAACCAGCAGCGGAGAUCGAGUGAGAGCGUCGGCCAUAUCUCAUCGAGUACGGUCCCUGGCAGGUUCAGCCACCAGACUUUCAGGUCCUCAUUAUCCUCCUCCAUCACAAGUCGCUAUCCGUCUGUUGAUUUCACCCCUCUGGGCGUUCCUCGAUUACGAAGCAGCUCUAUGGCUGAUUUUCACCUCGUGCGUGAGGGUGACCAAGCUGACGGCCAGAAGACGAGAUCUUUAUGUUCUCAUUUGCAUUCAAGAUCCAACAGCAGCGACGAUUUGUACGCACGCGCCAGAACAAAGGAACGUCCCUCGGCUCUCAGGGUCUUCACUAGAGGUGACGAGCACAGCGUGCCCUUUGGCACUAGCCACGUGCGCGAAUGGGAAUCAUCAACACCAUGUAACUCAAUGUCGACCUCAAGCGCUUCCAAUGUUUAUUCCGGAAGUAGCAUUCGCCCCACGUCGCGACAUACGCACGCAACGUCUGUUGACUCUACGCCUCAGCAAUCUUUGCGCAAAAGCGAGGAUAGUUUUCUCUCCGAAUCCCAGGGCCAGCAUGGGAUUAGCACAAAGGAGUGGUCUCCUGCGACGACUAAGGCAACAGGGUUCAAUAUCGACGAUUACAUCUCUUCAGAUGACGAAGACUUUGAUACUACAGUGCGGCGACCCUCAGCCGCGGGGGAGGAGGACCUGCUGUUCGACUCAAGUUUCGGAUUCACGGGCGCGGUACUUCCAGGUCUGAUGGAACCGAUGGAUUAUGGAAGCUGUCCAUCGCCCACUGUCAGGUACGAUCGAUGCAAGGCAGACAGCCCCAUUGAAGAGGAGGAUGAAUCUGGUGAGCAGGACACCGAUACUGCUUACACAGCGGAUAUUGAGGAUGACCGGACCAGCGCACAUCGCGACCCACCCUUCACGUCGCUUCGCCAAGUGCGGCGCAAAUACAGCAACGGAAAUAUGGGAACGUUUGGAAGAAAAUCGGCAAGGCCUAUCGUGUUGGGUCAUACAGACAAGGGCUCGGUGAUGAGCACAUCCGUUGAUGGGAGACGAAGCUCGCAGGCUGAGGACGGUCAACACCGCACACUACGCAGAUCAUCAAGCGAUCUUGGCGUGUACGACCGUGGCCCCGCAACCUGCAGGGGCCAAAGCAGGCUCUCCGCACUGGGGACGCUGCACGCGCGAAACAUUGACUCUGCUGUGUCGCUGGGUGAGCCUCAAGACGGCGCCAACGCAUCUGGCGGUGCCCGAGAAGCCGUGAAGACGGCGGACACCAUCAGGGAGGAGACUGGGAAGGUCGACCAUGCCACUGCGAUGAGGCUGAGGAAAGAGGGCAAGGCUCGGAAACGAGCACAGGACGCUCAGAACCUCCGCAACAAGAGGAUGACAAUGGCCUUUGGGGUUGUCGAGGACGACGCCGCUGCUGUUGCUGGGCCGCAGGCUGAAACUGAUGAACCAGACCGAGGACGGUCGCUGGUGAGAAGGUCGGGCAUCCAAGGGAAGGAAAAGGAGUGAAGCUGAGAAGUAUUGUUUGAAUUUUUGUACUUCAAAUCGGUCGUCAAGAAGGCUACCCGGGGGAGAUGAGGAGGGGGGGUCCGCAGACGCCAUACAGACCAACCUCCGGUUUUUUUGUUUUUUUUUUUUCUUCUUGCCGCCAAUAUCUUUACCUUUGGUAUCUUGUUUUGCACGGCUUGUGCCGACACCCAUUCUUUAGUAUUCAAGAUGAUCUCGACAAGCAUCGGCGUUUGCCAUAUUGGAAAUCUAGGCAGGGGGAGGUUACGGGCUAGGAACUUGUUAGAACAGAGGACUGGCUAUGGAGUAGGUAACACGGGUACGGAACAUCAUCCGCUUCUCUUUGGGGGGGAGGGGGGGAGUUUGAUUCCUCUAUGUUUGUGCAAGCGAUCUUGGAUAGGUAAUGAAUUACGAGGCGCUGGGCUGAGAGGAUGCGAGAAAGUGUGGCUUAGACAAAUCUGGUUAUCGUACACCCGUGGUCAUCGUGGUGCCGCCUUCGCUCCUGUUUCAGCCAAUGAAUAAUUGCUUGAAUUUAAUAACG